GUUCCUCGUUCCUUCCCCACGACCCCACCCCUAAACCCUCGCUUCUCCCCCGCCUUGCUCACCAAGAUGCUCCGCCGCGCCGCCCCCACCGCGGCCGCCCUCUGCCGCCGGGCGGUCUCCACCUCGGCAUCCCCCUCCCCAACCGCAGAGGCCACGGCGGCCGCCUCCUCCUCCGCCGUGAACUCCAUCCUCCUCCGCUCGCUCAAGGAGCACUACCUCGAGGUCUCCAAGAUGGCGCCGCCGCCCAAGACCAGCCCGCCCAAGCCCUUCACCAUCGUCAAGGGAGCCCUGGAUCAGCAAUCGGGCCCCGUGCUGCGCCGAGAGUACGGCGACGCGGGGGAGGAGAUCUCCAUCUCCGUCGCAAGGCUCGCCAACAUCCUGCCCGCCGGCGCCGACUCCGACUCCGACGCCGCCGGCGGGGACGGCGGUCUGAGCGCGUCCAUCAGCCAGCUCUUCCUCCACGUCGACAUCUCCAAGCCCGGGACGGGCAAGUCGCUGCAGUUCCUCUGCGGGCUGUACCCGGACGCCGUCGGGAUCCACUCGGUCUGCCUCCGGUCAAAGAGCGCCGAGUCGUGGGAGGGGAAUAUGGCUUCGAAGGGUGGUGGGGAGUACCGGGGCCGCAUCUUCCAAGAAUUAGAUGAGAAGGUUCGGGAUGCACUCCAUCUUUACAUUGAAGCCCGUGGCAUAAAUGAGAAGCUCUUCCCUUUUCUACAAGCUUGGCUUUAUGUAAAGGAUCACCGCAACCUCAUACGUUGGUUCAAGAGUGUGGCCACAUUCAUCAGUGAGCCAAAGCCAUAAUGUGAAGAACCCCAUGUUGAAGAUCAUCUGAAAUGCGGUUGCAGAACAGUUUUAGCCAGGAUGGAGAAUAGUGCUAGGAUAAGGGAAUCAAGUGCAAAGUAUCGCCAGCGAGGAGUUUUUGCUUCUCUUCAGUUUUUGUGCCCUGGGGGAUUAGGGGUUGAUAAUGCCACUGGUGUGCUUAAUGUGUUUGGGGGCAGUGGUUGCAUGAGUUGUCAUUAUUCCUUUGCUUUGCUGCCUGACCUUGCUAGGUUGUCAGACUCUCAAUCAUUCAGACUCCACACAUGUCCACUGCAACAUGUCGUCCUGCAAAGACGCACGUGUAUACAUUUUUCUUCAUAAAUAUCGCCGUUGUAACUUCCAAAUGGCGGGGAGCAUAUGCGAUGGGUAUGUCUUAGUGCAUAUGCCGGUUUGCUUCGUU